AUGGCAAAUCAUCAUUUGACCAGGAAAGGGGUAUUUUGCCCACUGAGGGAGCUCAACGGCACCAGGGUUUUUAAGGAGCACCUCUCAGCCUCCAGGCUUGGCCAUGGGCCGACCCACCUGCCCUUCUACCCAGUGCCACUGCACCCCUUCCCCACCAUGUGUUCCCUCACCACACGCACUACAUCAUCGUCUCGGUCAUCCUCAUAGUGAGCAUCACGGGCGUGCUGGGUAACGCUCUGGUCAUUUACAUCUUCUGCUGCAGUCGCAUCCUCCGCACACCGGGUAACCUGUUCGUGGUCAACCUGGCCAUAGCCGACUUCAUGUCGCUGACCCAGUCGCCCAUCUUUUCUGCUGCCUCGCUGCACCGCCGCUGGGUGUUCAGCGAGUGCGCCUGCGAGCUCUACGCCUUCUGCGGCACCCUCUUUGGCUUCUGCUCUAUGAUGAUGCUGACAGCCAUCGCUGUUGACAGCUGCCUGGCCAUCAGGCCGCUGGCUCGCUGGGCGGCAUGAGGCGGCUGCGGGCUGUGAUCUUGUUGACAGUCUGUUGGCUCUGUAGCCUGGGCUGGAGCCUGCCGCCAUUCUUCGUCAGGAGAGCCUACGUGCCUGAGGGCCUGCAGAUGUUGUCAGGACUACACCACCUUCACCCAAUCAGUGCUCGACCUACACCAUCCCCCUCUUCACUUUCGUCUUCUUCAUCCCGCUGGGGGUGAUAGGCGGCUGCUACCUGCGCCAUCUUCUGCGCCAUCCACCGAGCGGGUCGUGAUGUGCGGCAGCUGGACUGCGGUGAGAAGCACAAGGCGCAUGGCCAAGGUAGCGCUUGUGGUCAUCCUGCUCUUCAUGGUGUCCUGGUCUCCAUACUCGGCGGUGGCGCUGGUACCCACUGCAGGAUACGCCCACCUGCUGACGCCCUACAUAAACUCGGUACCUGCUGUCAUCGCCAAGGUCUCGGCCAGCCACAACCCCGGUGCUGCGCUCGCUGCUGCA